AUGUCGAUAGAUGUUCAGCGCCGUAAGAGCAUACAGACGAUGGUCCUGCGCGAUGGGCCGACCGAUAAGGAUCCGCCUCUUGCAUCACUGCAGAGUGACCCAUAUCUCCGAGCAAAGCCGGUCUCGCUGACCUUUGCAUCGCAGGGCGAGCUCCAAGAAAGUUCUAUUGUAGAGCCACUAGAGGAUGUCAAGCUAGGAAGACGCAUGAGCCCGACAUUCUCCAUCACGGUGGGCGGGAGCGGCAAAGACGCCUCCUAUGAACAAUUUGAGUGGCGCUCAAGCCACGGCAAAGAAAUAAAGGAGCUCGCCGGCCACACGCCCGGUUGGAAGCUAGUACGCCUGUCGGAAGCAGUGGGCGAGGCAGGCGGGAGUCGCUCCCACCGAGCGAUGGGGUGUUCCAGCGACGGGAAGGAGAUUGUGGCUGGCAUUGCCCACAACGCAUCGUGGAGUCUAUCCAAAGGCUUCAGAAUUGCGUUUGUGGGUAGUGGGCUUACCGGUGUCCUGGGAGAAAGAUGGGAGAUCAUGACUCUUAUGACCGCAGUACACCUCUGGCUCAUUGAAUUCCAGAUCGCGACAAAGGCCAUUCCGAUUGCAUGA